AUGGCCACACCCACGAAGCAGCCGCCGGCACAUGUGCCACCCGAGUCUCUAGACAUAGUCGAGACGCCGACUUCGCCAACCUCGGGCUUAGCCCGCUCGCGCUUUGAGUUUGAAACGGAUAAGCGCAAUGAAGGCACCAAGAUUCUCAUGGUCGAGUGGGACGAUCCGGCUCCAGAACAAGGGGCCCGGCCCGGCACGGGUGUCCCGAGUGAAAGCAAGAACGGUCACACCGAGAGCCAGUGGAAGAUAUCAUGGGAGGGUAAGGGGGACGUGCUUCCAGUCUGGGACGCCGAAACAGAAACAGGCAACGACAUACACCGCGUGUACUUCCUCCUCCCACCGGGCGCCCCCAUCCCGGCGCUGGUUGACAUCACACAUGUGCGAGGAAGUGGUGCGACAGAGAACGGACGGAGUAGCAUUCUGCGGACCAAGCCAAUGCCCGCCAUUUUCACGGCCGAGCUGACGAACCAACAAGACGCCGGCCGCCGUGGCGUCCUCCAUACGGUCUGGGCGAAAGGGCGCCUGGCCGAGCUGAAGACGGAGAUCGCGAACGAGAUGAGGGCAAACGGUGAAGGCGUGGGGCUUGAGAUGGCCAUGCGGGAACAGCAAUGGAUCGUGGACCACUUUGGGCUUGCCCCCGACCCCAAUUUGCCCCAACCAACGAGGCUACACAUACCGCAGAGCUCGGCCGGCCCGGCCAGCCCCCGGAGCCCAGUGAGCGGGAGGUUGGGGGAGAAGCUCAGGGGGCUCAAGCUCGCGACUAGCCCUGCCGAACUGGCCGCCGCGAGUCAAGCAGCCAAAAAUGCUCAAGCACCUCCCAAGCAACCUCUCAUCACGGCACUUUCCCCGCCAAAUACGAGUAUCUCUGUUGCGACGGGGUCCAGCGGCGACGGCGGCGUUGCAUCUUUGGACGCCAUUGUCGGGACCGCCGUGGCUCCGACAGACCGGGCCCCGGCGAUCGGCGCAGGAGGGUGUGGAGGGGAGGACGCGAUUGAGGAGGACCUUUUUGCGCUUCCGAUGAGCCCGCGCAGCCCGGAGAUGAAGAGGAGCCCUUUUAGUAAUUUAUAG